AUGGCCUUUCUCUGCAAGGGAAUACGCGUGCCUCUGUCAACGCCUACCCAACGCUGGAUCCACCCUGUUGUCAGAACAGCAAUUGUAACGGGUUCGAGUCGUGGAAUCGGUGAGGCUAUCGUCCGUCGCCUAGCAGCCGAAGAUUAUGCUGUCACAGUCAAUGAUGUUGCCGCCAACAAGCCUGGUGUGGACAAAUUGGUCGCUGAGCUAAACGACACGUUUGGCAAGGGUACGUCCACCGGAAUCAUUGCGGAUGUGACCUCGUCUUCCGAGGUAAAAUUCAUGAUCCAAGAGUCUGUCAAGCGCCUUGGCCCUUUGACGGUCAUGGUCGCCAACGCCGGCAUUGCUGGCGUUGGUGCUGCACUCGAGCUAUCAAAUGAAGACGUCGCACAGACGAUGAGCGUUAACUUCACCGGCGUCUGGAACUGCUACACCCAUGCUGCCCGGCAGAUGAUCGCCCAAGGACCUGUCCACGAAGGCAGCACUGGAUACAAGAUCCUGGGCGCUUCGUCGAUUGCAGCAUAUAAGCCGUUCCCUCUUCUGGCUCACUACUGUGCAUCCAAAGGUGCCGUGAGGAGCUUGACCCAGGUGUUCGCCAUCGAGAUGGCCCAGCACAAGAUCAAUGUGAACUGUUACGCGCCUGGGAUUGUAGGAACGUCUAUGUGGGAGGAUAUUGAUAGGACGCUGGGCAAGAUGCAGGGCCGCGCGGAGGGGGAGACGGUUCAGAAAUAUGUGAAAGAGUUGACGGCCAUGGGGAGAGUGAGUGUGCCAGACGACGUCGCUAAGGUCGUAGGGGGAUUCCUAUGUGGACCUGACUCAGACUUUGUGACGGGUCAAAAUAUCAUUGUCGAUGGAGGGAUCGUUUUUUCCUAA